AUGCCGUGUCCACCUUUUAAAAUAAUCGAUCCAAAUCCUGAUCGUUAUGAAGCAAAUAUUGUUCAUGCUAAUGAAACCGAUGUUCAUUUUCGAUUUAAUCAUGAUGUUUCACCAACAAAUACAACCUGGUGGUUGUCUUCAACAAAUGCAACUUGGUCGUCGUCGUCGUUCUCUUCAAUACCGUUGAUAUUAAAAUUUCGAACCGAAAUUUCAUCAUUGACAGAAUUAGCAAAAUCGAGAUCAUCAGCAAACGCUACACCGUCGACAAUGACUCAGAUAUGGACAUGGAUUCUUCUUACAAAUACACUACAAGAAAAAGAAAAGGAUAAAUCAAAAUUUGGUACAUCGGCAAUGGCAUUAGCUGUUGUUGGCGGUAUUGUUGUUGGUGUUCUCGGCUCAUCAGCGAUUAGUCAAGUUCAUAAGUGUAUUCACUGGCGAAAUGGAAAAUUAUUAUGUGGAAGAAAACGGAAAAAUCGAAGAAUAGUCUUAUAUGAAAGAUCAAAUCAAACAUCAGAUGACGGAAGAUUAUCUCAACUAGAUUCACCUGGUGAUAUUGUAAUAACGUGGUUAUAA